AAUCGAAGCGCGAAGUAUCGCGAAACAGGUGAUUAGAUAUCGUGGAUGAAGAUGCUCUGAUGGAUGUUCUGAGUGAGGGUGAAAUUGGAGGUGAUUUUUUUCUCAAUUUUGAGGUUUGGAUUUGCUGGGUUGGGAUAUUUUCACGACGUAUUGUACCAGUAUGUGUAUCUGGAUGGGUUAAAUUCGCUUUGAAAAUUUGUAUACAGAGGCCUGGGCGACGCUCUGUUGUUUACAUACGAGCUCGACGCGAUAUCUAAUCGUAAAAUAACGCUCGUGUUUUCGCGCUGCUGAUUAUUCGGGAAAAAAUGUCGUAUCGUUAUCGAGGAGUUUGUUGUUUCAACGACUUGUAGGCUAAUUUCGUAACAAUUUUUUCGUUAUUAAAUUAGUCGUCACGUCGAUGAUCGUCGAGUGCUGAAAAAUUUUAAAUGUAAAUUUUUUUCCAUUAUUGAAUGAUUUUCGGGUGCUGUGGUGUUUGAAAAAAUCCAACUUGUGCGCGUAUUCAGAUCGAAGAAGAAAACCUUACAAGAUCGGAUAGUUUGGCCCCCCUUGGGCUCGAAUCAGGAGGAAAUUGAAACCAUCUCGGAUACAGAGGAGAAGAAGAGGAGGAUACUUUCGGGUCUAAGGACGACGAAGACGUGAAAAUGUCAUUGUAUCGUUUCAUGAAAUCGUCCUCGUCGUCGAUGAGCGAUUCGCGACGUACCGGAGGCAGCAGCAGCGGAGGUCCGAGCAGCAGCCGGAGGCUAUUUGUCCAGGGAACCCGCGAAGGCGACGAUAAAGAUAAUGUCAAAGACGUGAACGGCGAAAUACAAGAUCUGCAGGCCAUUCACACCAAACGUCAUAUAACCAGCGAUGUGCACGGUUCCAGCGAAGAGUCGAGUAAACGAUUCCGCAACUCGGGCACCAAAUACGUUACCCAUCGAGUGGUGCGAAAGACGACGACACUGACCAGAGGCGAAGAGAAAUCCAUGUCCGAGAGUCUAAUGAAAUCGGGGGAAACUUCAGUCAUCCAUGUACCGGCUGAUAAAGCCAUCUCGAGCAGAUCGUAUCAUUCGUCUAAAUCUAGACAUGCUAAGAUAUCCGAUAUCGUGGUCGGAGAAGAAUCCAAUGUUUCUGCCAAAGAAGCUUUGCUCAAAUGGGCCCGUCGUUCGACGGCCAAGUAUCCCGGAGUCAAGGUUAACGAUUUUACCUCAUCUUGGAGGGAUGGACUUGCCUUUAAUGCCAUUAUUCAUAGGAAUAGGCCGGACUUGGUAGACUGGAGGGAACUUCGAUCGAGAGUCGUUCGCGAUAGAUUGGAACACGCUUUUCACACCGCCGAAAGAGAAUACGGUGUUACCCGUUUGCUGGAUCCCGAAGAUGUCGAUACGCAUGAAAUCGACGAGAAGUCAAUUAUUACGUAUAUCUCUUCGCUAUACGAUGUGUUCCCCGAACCACCUCCUGUUCAUCCGUUAUACGAAUCGAAAUAUUCCGAAAGUAUCGAAGAAGUUAAUAUGGAAAUGACACGAGAACAAACGAUACACGAAGAAAAGAAAAGAUCGGACAGAUUGCAAAGACUGGCCGACAAAGUCCACCGUGAAAUCAAACGUAUCGAUAUUCAAAUGGAAGAUACGGAAUCGAAGAUCAAAGAAGAAAGUCGCAGAUUAGAACGUCUGCAUCCGUUAGACGCGAAACACAACAUCGAAUUACUCGAACAAGAGUUAAGAAUCACCGAGGAAAAUAUCCAGUCGUUAUUCACAGACGUUCAAACCCUCCACGAAGGAAGAUAUCCGCAAGCUUCUGAUUUAAAUAAAAGAGUGGAGAAAUUACACCAACGUUGGUUAUCGUUGCGGUCAUUACUACACUCCAGACUGAUAGCUCCGUUGUCGUCGUUAUCAUUCCCAUAUGUCGAAGAACACACCGUCACGAGGCAGACGCGUACCAUUUUAGAGACACGUUUAAUGGACACUAGUCCUUACUUCAAGAAUUUACAAGAAUGCAUAGAAUGGUGUUCGAGGAAAUUGAAACAAAUCCAAGAAGCCGACUACGGAUCUGACUUGCCAGGCGUCCAAGCCGAAUUAAAUUCUCACCUACGCGAACACAACAGCAUCGAACAGUUCCACGCUAGAUGCGAACAAUGUAUAAAUGCCAAAAAUAAUUUCCACGGAGACGAACUCGCAGUGUACACUCAGCACCUUAAUACUUUACAAAAGCUGUACACCGAGUUGCUGUCUACCUCUAGCAAACGAUUAUCAGAUUUGGAAACCCUGUUGGAUUUCCUGCAAUCGGUGUCCAAUCAUCUAGUAUGGUUGAACGAAAAAGAAGAAAUCGAAUUGACUCGUGAUUGGAGCGAUAGAGAUCUUAAUCUGGUCAGCGUACAACAGUAUUAUAAGAACUUAAUGACGGAGCUAGAAAAACGCGAAAUCCAAUUCCACGCGAUGCAAGAUCGUGGAGAAUCGUUACUUUUGCAGCAUCAUCCGGCUUCGAAGACUAUCGACUCGUACAUGUCAGCCAUGAAUAACCAAUGGUCGUGGAUCCUCGAACUGAUCCAAGCCUUGGAAACACAUCUGAAACACUCGUCGUACUACCAACAAUUCUACAAAGAUGUGCGAGAGGCCGAAAAUUGGCUCAAUAAACGAGACGAAUUGCUCAACUCUACUUAUAGCCAGUCCGACUUCACCUUGGAUGAAGGAGAACGACUUUUGAAAGGUAUGCAAGAACUUCGCGAAGAGCUCAACUCGUACAGUGAAGUGGUGCAAAAUCUGGCCGAACGUGCUCAAAAUGUUGUACCUUUGAAACAACGCCGUCAACCCGUUACCCGACCUAUACCGAUACUUGCUGUUUGUAAUUAUAAACAAAAUAACGUACAUAUUCAAAAAGGCGACCAAUGGGUAUUACACGAUAAUUCGGGACGUAUCAAGUGGAGAGUAUCGAGCGGAGCUAGUAACUCGGAUUGCAAUAUACCAGGAGUCGUGUUCUUGAUACCACCUCCGGAUAAAGAAGCUUUAGAAGCUAUCGAAAGACUCAAACGUCAAUUCGAACGAUCGAUCGCGUUAUGGCAACGUAAACAACUACGUAUGAGACAGAAUAUGAUUUUCUCAACGAUCAAAGUCGUUCGUAGUUGGGAUCUGGCUCAAUUCUUGGCUAUGGGAGCUGAUCAAAGGAACGCUAUUCGUAAAGCGUUGAACGAAGAUGCCGCCAAGUUACUCGAAGAAGGCGAUCCGGCUGAUCCGCAGCUCAGAAGAUUGAGACGCGAAAUGGACGAAGUGAAUAGAUUAUUCGAUGAAUUCGAAAGACGUGCCAGAGAAGAUGAGGAAAAUCGUAACGCUACCAGGAUAUUCAACGAUAAAGUUGCUCUGCUACAAGCUGCCUUGGAUGAAGCGGAACAUACGCUUAAUACGAAAUUAAAUUCGCCUAUUCCGAGGGAUGUUGAUAGUUUGGAGCAUCUGGUUAUUCAACAUAGAGAUUUCGAAACCAGGCUUAAGGCUUUGAGCUCAGACAUGGACACCGUCCAAGACGCAUUCAAAGCAAUUACACGAAAAACGCCGGCCAUCCAAUCGAAAAUGGACAGAGUAUCGAAUCAAUGGAACAACUUAUGGAAUUUAUCUCAUUUAUACGUAGAAAGGUUGAAAUGCGUAGAGGUCGUAUUAAGCGGCGUAAACGAAAUGAACCACGUAUUGUCCGAUUUCGAAAUAAAAUUAGCUUCGUACGGUGAAAUGCCUUCGGAAUUAGAAGCUCUAAAAGCUGUUCAUAAGGAUUUAUUAACGUUACAAAAUAACGUAACGAUGCAACAAUCGGUUAUGGAUCAGCUGAUGGAAGAUGGCCGAAAUGCCAGACGUCUGGUCGAGAAAUCACGCCACCAUAUUCAUCAUGGAGGUCCUCAUCACGAUCUGGAUCGCCUGGAUACCGAAUUAAAUAGACUUACUACUCGUUGGAAUAAUAUUUGCAGUCAGCUAGUCGAUAGGUUAAGAAGCUGCGAAGCAGCAUACGGUUUAUUGGAGAAGUACGCGAAUUCGUAUCAACAGGAGGUGAAAAUCAUCGACGAAAGUUACCAAAAAUUAAACGCCCUAACUCCGAUCAAAUCGCAAGCCAUUGAACAAAUCGAACCAACUAAGAAAUUAUUUAAAAAUGUUAUGGAAAGGAUUCCAGCAGUAGAACAAGUUAACAUUGACGGUGGUAGAUUUAUUAGAGAAGCUAAGAUUUACGACGUACGAUUGUUACACUAUUGCGAAUGGCUGGUGGACGAGGUUCACCCGCAACUGCAGAGUUCGGUUACGAAUAAGAAAAAGAUCAAACUGGAGUACAUGAGCGGAUGCGGCGAGGCUGCUGUCUCACACGAGCUGGACAUGCUGAAUAAUCGUUUCGAAGCGUUGAUGAACGUGCUGUACGAUCGCAUCAAACAGAUGGUCACACUGUACCCGGAUGACGCCGAGUUAAAGGAGUUGGUUUUCAACAUGGAGCCUAAACCGUUGAAAACUUUCAGAACCGAGUUCAGUAUUUACGAGCAGUCUUCGUCUACGACGUAUAUUCCAUCGCCGGACAGGAUAACGAACGGCAAAGACACCGUCGAUGUAUCGUCAUCGUCGAACACGUUCUACAUCCACGAUCCGCGUUCCGAGCGUACUUUCGAUUUAGAAUCGUCACCUUUAUCGGCUGUGAAAAUGGGUACCUCGUCGUCGACCCCUCUAAACGGCGGCGGCGUCGGCGGCGUUGCCUACGAAUCGAUGCAUUUCACCGAAAUCCGGUCGUUACGUAAGGUACACAAAUCGGACUCGGGUACCGGGCCGACUACGGAUCGUAACGGUUUCGAUAUAACCGAUAUGAAAGGCAUCGUGCAUCCCGAAACCAAAGAAGUGCUCACCGUCGAAGACGCCAUAAGACUGAGAAUCUUGGACGUGCGAACGGGUAAAAUCGCCGUAGGCGGUAUGCCCGGAUCGUCGAAGACUACGUAUAUUAGUAUAGAAGACGCCGUCAAGUGCGGUCUAGUCAUGCCCGAGUUAGCUGCCAAAUUACUAGGUCCGUGCGGCAUCAGCAAAGACGGCAGUCAGACGCCGAUCUCGUUGCUGGAAGCCAUACAACGCGAACUCGUGGACGCCGAACGCGGCCCUAUGGAAAGACUGAAGCAAGCGAUGGAAGAGAAGUAUCGUCUGACUGAUGACACGUUGAGCGAACUUUUAUCGUGGAUUAGCGAAAUCGAGGAUCGUAUUUCGAACCAAGAUGUCGCCCAAGAGGAUGUUAACCAACUCAGGAACCAAAUAAAUAUUCUAAAACUUCUGAAAGAAGAAAUCGACUCCCAAGCCCGUCCAGUUACCAGCUGCCUUGAUCAAGUCCGCCAAGUGGUGGCCACCGGCAGCGAAUACCUUUCCAGAGACGAAAUCAGCAACCUGGAAAGGAAAGGCAAAUCAUUGAGGACUCGUUACGAUCGAGCCAACGAAAGAACCGAUAAACUAUUACGUCGUUUAUCCGCCGCCAGAGACGAAUUAACCAAAUUCAAAAACGACCUGACCAUCUUCACCACAUGGAUGGAUAAAGCUCAAAAGACGUUGGAUGAAAAAGAGAAAUCGAUAUCGAAUUUGAAUAAGAUAGACGGGUCUUUCGAAUCGACUCGAGAUUUCGUCUCGGACGUUAUUGCCCAUCAAGCCGACCUCAGGUUUAUUACAAUGGCUGCUCAGAAAUUCGUCGACGAAUCAAAGGAGUAUUUGACCUGCUUGAACGAAUUCAGAACCAGUUUACCGUCCAGGUUACCUCACAUCGAGCCGAUCUCUGCGCAAGAUAGCGUAGUCAGGAAUACAGUUUCGGUGGUUAGUUCACAGUAUCGGGAUUUAUUGGCCAGAGUUAACGCUUUGUCUGAUAAACUCAGCGGUCUCGGAUCCAAACAGAAAGAGUACAGGGAUGCUCUGAACGCUGCCAGGGCUUGGCUCAGGGAAGCUGAACCUAGAGCUAAUAAGAUUUUAAUCGAACCGGUUGCCGCUGAUCCGAAUGCAUUGGAGGAUCAACUCAGUCGUACGAAAGCUCUCAAUAACGAAUUUGUUUCCCAAGGACGUCUUAUCGAUAAUGCCAAACAAGCAUUAGAUGCUUUACUCAGAUCACUCGAAGGUCAGCUGUCACCUGGUGAAAUGGCUAACCUCAAGAACCCAGUUCUCGAAGUAGAAGAUAAAUAUCGUCAGUUGUGCGACGCCUUGGCUGAUAAAUGUCAAACAUUGGAUAACGCCUUGGUUCAGUCCCAAGGUGUCCAAGAUGCUUUGGAUAGUUUGCUUCAUUGGUUGAACGAUGCUGAGAAUACUCUCAAGAAUAUCACCAGACCAGCCAGUUUGCACAAGGAACGUUUGGAAGAUCAAAUGAGAGAACAUCGAGUCUUACGAGCCGAUGUCGAUUCACACCGAACGAGCGUCGAUAGUGUUACUCAAUCUGCUCAACAGCUCAUCAACACCGCCAGCAAUCCCAGACUGGCAAAGAAAAUCGAAACGAAACUACGCGAUGUUGUAUCCAGGUAUGAAAAACUACUCGACAAAGUGGUCAAACGUAACGAACUGUUGGCCGAAAUCCACCACGGUUUGACCGUAUUCAAUGAUCAAGCCUCCUCGCUGGAGAGAUGGCUCGGCGAAGCUUUGGAAGUCGUUCCAGAAGCAUCGGAUAACAAAGUCGAAGACCUUAUUGCUCAAAAAGAAACCUUGAAACAUACUUUGGAUCAAGUGAUUCGAGAUGGUAAAGCUUUGAUCAACCAUAAAGAUGUCACAGACACUGCCAAUGUUCGUGAUAGGAUCAAGGCUUUGGAAGUGCUGUGGAAGGAUUUGAACCAAUUGCUGGAUGAGAAACAUCGUAACUCGAAGCUUCGUUCGGAGCAACUGAACGCGUACGAGAAAUUAAGAGACCAAGUUUUGGUUUGGUUGACGAAUAUCGAAAAUCGUGUCAAUAGACUAGAUCCAGUCGCUGUCGAAAUGGAAAUGGUCAAGAAACAGAUUGAAGAGUUGAAGCCUAUUCUCAAGGAACACAGAGAAUACGCGGUCACCAUUGAUAAAGUUAACGAUCUAGGUAACGCUUUCGAUUCGCUGAGUCGACCAGAAACUCCGACCAGGAGGAGGAAUACUGCGUCUCCUACCAAACGUACUACUCUAGGAGCUACCUAUGGACGAAGAGGUUCUCAGGAUAGUACACCGUCCCCGUCCAGAGGUCUAGGGUACUUGACCCAGAGUCCAGGCGGUUCGAGCGGUUUUGGUAGUCGAAGGUCAUCCCAAGACGGAUUUUUAUUAGAUGAAUUAUCCGACGUUCAACAACAAUUGGCCGAAAUCAACAACCGUUAUAACCUGCUCGGAGCCAGAUUAUCAGAUCGUCAAUCUGAACUGGAUACCAUCAAGGAAGAGCUGAGGAAACACUUGGAACAUUUCCGAUCAUUGUCUCAAUUCUUGGAUAAAAUCCAGAGAAUGUUACCCAAAGAGACCAUUCCGCAGAGCAAAGAAGACGCCGAUAAAUUGGCUAAAAAUAUCAAAAGUAUUCUGGAGGAGAUGUACGAAAAACAAGCGUUACUCGAAAGCACCAGAGCCGGUAUCAGCGAUUUACUCAGAAAGAAACCAACAGCUUACGGAGCUGAUAUUUUACACGAUGAAAUCCAAGAGAUCUCUGCCCGCUGGAAGAAUCUCAACGACCAGUGCAAAAACCGAAUUCAAUUACUCGAAAACCUGAAAGAUUUCCACGACACACACGAUAACCUAUCGAACUGGUUGAGUGCCAAGGAUCGUAUGAUGACGGUGCUAGGACCGAUCUCUUCGGACUCGCGUAUGGUCCAAAGUCAAGUCCAACAAGUACAAGUACUUCGCGAAGAAUUCCGUACCCAACAACCGCAGCUCAAUCACUUUAAGAAUAUCGGUGAAAGUAUUCUGACUCAAGUACCGGAUCGUAAAUCACCGGAUGCUCAGAAAAUCUCGACGAAAUUGGCGAAUAUUCAAAAACGAUGGAACGAUUUGCUCUCCAGAUUGGACGAAAGAGCCGAGAAUUUGGGUGCUGCUGCGGAUAGCUCUCGCGAAUUCGAUGCUGGUUUGGCUCGACUUCGAGAUGCAUUGCAGAAUAUCUCGGAUCAGUUGGACGAUAUUCCUCACGAUAAAGAACCCGAAGAACAAUUGAGAAAAGUUCAAGCUUUGGAAAGGCAGCUCGAAGGUCAACGUCCGCUGUUGGCUGAUUUGGAAGCGGCUGGAGCUCAACUCUGCGAAGUUCUCAGUGAUCCUACAUCUAGGGCUGAAAUUCAAGGCAAAUUAUCCGCCGUCAACAGACAGUAUAAUAAUUUGCAAAAGAAACUCGAUCAUCGUAAAGCUGAAAUUGAGGGAUCGUUGAGAGACGGUCGUCAAUUCGAGGCUACCUGCGCUAAAUCCUUAGGAUGGCUUAGCGAGCAGCUGGGUCAACUACCCGAACGAUUACUUGUAUCGGCUGAUAGGGAAAUACUCCAGCAGCAAGUCGAUCAACACGAACCUAUUUACAAAGAAGUUAUCCAUAAAGAACACGAGAUCAUCAUGUUGUUGAAUAAAGGAAGAGAUCAGCUGGCUCGUGCUACUCAACUGAAUCGUACCGAUUCGCGGAAUCUGCAGAGAGAACUGGAUAAAAUUCAACAGCUUUGGGAUCGUUUGCGUAGAGAUGCUGUUGAUAGGCAGACCAGAUUGCAGACUUGCAUGGAACAUUGCCGUAAAUACUACAAAGCCUUGGAGACCUUUAUACCUUGGCUGUCUCAAGCUGAAAACAAACUAGACUCAUUGAGACCAGACACAUUCAAGCGAAUCGACGUCGAAAAGCAACUACGAGAGCUGUCUGCAUUCAGAAACGAUGUCUGGAAACACUCCGGAGAAUUCGAGAACCUUAAAACACUGGGAGAAACUUUCCUAGCAGCUUGCGACGUCGACAAAGAACUAGUCAAACAAGAACUGGCCGCUGUAAAGACCAGAUGGGAUAAAUUGAAUAAUGAAUUACUCGAACGUACCCAAUGGUUGGAAGACACCGCUCGCAGAUUAGCUGACUUCUCGGAGAAUUUGAGAGACCUGGCUCAUUCUGUGCAAAGAUGCGAAGAUAAACUAGCUUCUCACGAUGCCCUCGGAGGAGCUGCUCGUGAUCCGAAAAUGCUCGAUAGAAUCAAGGCGUUGAGAGAAGAAACAGUCGGAUUAAGGAAACCAUUACAAGGAGUACGCCAGACUGCUAAAGAUUUGGUGGCUGAAGCAGCUGAACUGGGAGUUGGUAAUGCUUCUCAUUUGGUCGACGAUUGUGAUGGAAUUGCCGAACGAUUGGAUGAUUUACAAGCGAAAUUAGACGAUCGAUGCAGCCAAUUGCAGUCCGCUUCUACGGCUAUGGCUCAAUAUAAUGAAAAAGUGAAAGGUUUAAGUAUGAAUUUAUCUGCUUUGGAACAAGAAUUAGACGCCAUGAAACCGGUCGGUCGCGAUAUCAAAACGGUUCGAUCUCAAUUGGACGAUAUCAACAAGCUGAUCAAAAAGAUUGUUGUCGCCAACGAUGACGUAUUAGCGGUCAUCGAAGCCGGCGAUCACCUAGUCGACUCUGGAUUCGCUCCUGAUACGGCGGUCACUCGCGAACAAACCGAAACAUUAUCUCGUCAAUUGAACAGAUUAGACGAGAGAGCUCGUAACAGACAGAAUGAUAUUGAAACCAUGCUCGAUAAAUUGCAAGACUUCCAACAAAAUCAUUCCGCUGUGUUGGAUGAUAUUGCUCAUGCUGGAGAAGAGUUACGUAGAUUGAAACCGGUCGGAUCGGAAGUCGAGGUUAUUAAAUCGCAACAAGAAGAAUUCGCCAGUUUCCGUAAGAUGAUGGUUGAACCAUUGGCUCAAUCUGUAGACGAUGUCAACAAAGUGGGACAAGGAUUGAUACAAUCGGCCGCCGGAGGUGUCAAUACGUCCAGCUUGGAGAAAGAUUUGGAGAAAUUGAACGAUAAAUGGAAUGCAUUGAAAGAUAAAUUGAACGAACGUGACAGGAAACUGGACGUUGGUCUAUUGCAAUCUGGUAAAUUCCAAGAAGCUCUGGCCGGUUUAGCCAAAUGGUUGACAGAUACCGAAGAAAUGGUAGCCAAUCAGAAACCUCCUUCUGCCGAUUACAAAGUAGUCAAGGCUCAGUUACAAGAACAAAAAUUCUUGAAGAAAAUGUUACUUGAUCGUCAAAACUCGAUGUCUUCGUUGUUCGCCAUGGGCAGCGAAGUAGCCGCAGGAGCCGAUCCUAGCGAACGUAAAGCCAUCGAACGUCAACUACGCGACUUAAUGCAACGAUUCGAUAACCUGACCGAAGGCGCAGCUCAACGUAUGGAUGCUUUAGAAAGAGCCAUGAUCGUCGCCAAAGAAUUCCAAGAUAAAUUGAUACCGAUUUUGGAAUGGCUCGACACGACCGAGAAGAAAAUCAAAGACAUGGAACUCAUUCCUACCGACGAAGAGAAAAUCCAACAACGUAUCAAAGAACACGAUGCUCUGCAUAAAGAUAUCCUUCGUAAAAAACCAGCUCUUACCGAGUUGACCGAAGUAGCCAGCGCUUUAAUGGCUCUGGUUGGCGAAGACGAAGCCUCCGGUGUUGCUGAUAAGCUGCAAGAUACAGCCGAUCGUUAUACAGCUUUGGUAGAUGCGUCUGAAAACGUUGGACAACUUUUGCAAGCGUCCAGAGCCGGAUUGAGACAUUUGGUGUUGACGUAUCAAGAUUUACAAGCUUGGAUGGAAAGCAUGGAUAAUCGACUGAAUCGUUAUAAAGUUAUGCCAGUUCAUUCGGAGAAAUUGCUCAGGCAUAUGGAAGAUUUAGCGGACGUUACCGAAGAAAUCGCCAACCGUCAAAUGGACGUCGACAGUACCGUCGAUAGUGGACUAGAACUGAUGAAACAUAUUUCCAACGACGAAGCUAUUCAAUUAAAGGAUAAAUUAGAUUCGCUGCAAAGACGUUAUCACGACUUGGUCUCCAGAGGAGCUGAUUUGUUGAAAAAUGCCCAAGAAGCUUUACCAUUGGUUCAGCAAUUCCAUAACUCGCACAAUAGACUCGUCGAUUGGAUGAUGGAUGCUGAAUCGCAGCUUCAAGUCGCCGAGCCCAGAGAAGAAGAGAUUGAUCGGCUCGUAGCCGAUAUUCAAGAAUUCCGUCCAGUUUUGGAAAACAUCAACUUGAUCGGACCUCAGCUAUGUCAAAUUUCACCAGGCGAAGGAGCUGCCACCAUCGAAGGUUUGGUAACUCGUGACAAUCGCAGAUUCGACGCUAUCGUCGAGCAAAUCCAAAGGAAAGCAGAAAGAAUCCAUCUGUCGAAACAACGUUCUUUGGAAGUUAUCGGCGAUAUCGACGAAUUAUUGGAUUGGUUCCGUGCGGUAGAAUAUCAGCUCAGAGAUAGCGAACCACCUAGCGCCGAACCAGAUAUCAUCAGAAUGCAAUUGAAAGAGCACCGUGCCUUGAAUGACGACAUCUCCAGCCAAAAGAGUCGUGUACGCGAUGUACUUUCCACUGCCAAAAAAGUUUUGAGAGAAUCCGUACAUAACGACGAAAUAGCUACGAUCCGUGAAAAAAUGGAAGACUUGAAGGAAAUGAUGGACACGGUAUCGAAACUCAGCUCGGACCGACUCAGUAUUCUCGAACAAGCUCUCCCACUAUCGGAGCAUUUCCAUCAAUCUCACGCCGAUUUGAGCUCUUGGCUUGAUGAAAUGGAACAACAAGUUUCCAUGUUGGCUAUGCCUGCCUUGAGACCGGAUCUCAUCGCUCAGCAACAAGAUAGAAAUGAGAUGUUCAUACAAUCGAUCAACGAACACAAACCAUUGAUCGAAAAGUUGAACAAAACUGGCGAAGCUUUGAUUCGUUUAUGUAAUCCGGAAGAAGGAUCCAAAGUACAGGAUAUCAUGGACUCGGAUAACGCUCGUUACGCAGCCCUACGUUUAGAAUUGAGACAACGACAACAAGCUUUAGAGAAAGCCCUCCAAGAAACUAGUCAGUUUAGUGAUAAAUUAGAAGGAAUGUUGAGAGCUUUGGCCAACACAGCCGAUCAAAUCGCCGGAGCUGAUCCGAUCAGCGCUCAUCCGCCCAGAAUACGCGAUCAAAUCGAUGAAAAUUCGGCCCUCGUUGAAGAUCUGGAUAAACGCGAGGAAGCUUUCUUGGCUGUAAAGAAGGCUGCCAACGAUGUCAUCAGUAAAGCUCCUAAUGCCGCUGAUCCGGCUGUAAGAGACAUGAAACGUAAAUUGGAGAAACUGAAUAAUCUAUGGAAUGAAGUACAAAAAGCUACGACUGAUCGAGGCAAGAGUCUUGACGAAGCUUUGGCCUUAGCCGAGAAAUUCUGGGAUGAAUUACAAGCGGUAAUGGCCACGUUGAGAGACCUCCAAGACUCAUUGAACUCGCAAGAACCACCGGCAGUUCAACCAGCAGCCAUCCAACAACAGCAAGUCGCCUUGCAAGAGAUCAAGGCUGAGAUCGAUCAGACCAAACCGGAUGUCGAACAAUGUCGCGCCAGUGGACAUCAAUUGAUGAGAAUCUGCGGCGAGCCGGACAAACCAGAGGUCAAGAAACACAUCGAAGACUUGGACAAUGCUUGGGAUAAUAUCACAGCUUUGUUCGCCAAACGCGAAGAAAAUCUGAUCAACGCUAUCGAAAAAGCAAUGGAAUUCCACGAAACAUUGCAAGAUAUUUUGGACUUCUUGGAUAAAGCUGAGACCAGGUUUAGUAAACUGGGCCCAUUGGGAUCUGAUAUCGAUGCUGUUAAACGACAAAUCUCGCAGUUGAAACAAUUCAAAGCUGAUGUUGAUCCACAUAUGGUUAAAGUGGAAGCUCUGAAUAGACAAGCUCAAGAAUUAACGGAGAGAACUUCGGCCGAACAAGCGGCAGCUUUGAAGGAACCUUUGGCCAGCGUUAACCGCAGAUGGGAUGAACUUCUCAGAGGUAUUGUCGAAAGGCAAAGGCAAUUGGAGAACGCUCUUUUGCGUUUGGGUCAAUUCCAACACGCUCUUGCUGAGUUACUCGCCUGGAUCGAUGCGACGAAUAGAACUCUGGAUAACGAAUUGAAACCGGUGGCUGGCGAUCCUCAACUUUUGGAGAUCGAGUUGGCUAAAUUGAAGGUUUUGGUGAACGAUAUUCAAGCUCAUCAAUCGAGCGUUGAUACUUUGAACGAUGCUGGAAGACAGUUAAUUGAAAGUGGCAAAGGUACAGAUGAGGCUUCUACGACGCAAGAUAAAUUAUCUACGCUGAAUCGCAGAUGGCGUGAUUUACUCCAGAAGGCGGCCGAUAGACAGCUCGAACUUGAGGAAGCUUUGAGAGAUGCUCAAAGAUUCGCUGCCGAAAUCCAAGACCUUCUGUCCUGGUUGGGUGAAGUAGACGGUGUAAUCGCCGCUUCUAAACCAGUCGGUGGACUGCCAGAGACCGCUACCGAGCAAUUAGAAAGAUUCAUGGAGGUUUACAACGAAUUAGAAGACAACAGACCGAAAGUAGAGACUGUAUUGGCUCAAGGACAAGAGUACCUGAAGAAAUCUCCCACCGGAGCUGGUAAUCUGCAGCAUAAUUUGAAGACAUUGAAACAACGAUGGGAUAGUGUGACUGCUCGAGCUAAUGACAAAAAGAUCAAGUUGGAGAUCGCUUUGAAGGAAGCUACCGAAUUCCACGAAGCUUUACAAUCUUUCAUCGACUGGCUUACGAAUGCUGAAAAAGUAUUGACGAAUUUGAAACCGGUAUCGAGAGUUCUACAGACUAUCUUGACCCAAAUCGAAGAACACAAGUCGUUCCAAAAAGACGUGAGUGCUCAUCGAGAAGCCAUGUUGCAUUUAGAUAAAAAAGGAACCCAUCUGAAGUAUUUCUCCCAAAAACAAGAUGUCAUUUUGAUCAAGAACUUGUUAAUAAGUGUUCAACAUAGAUGGGAACGUGUAGUAGCUAAAAGCGCCGAACGAACCCGUGCCCUGGACCACGGUUACAAAGAAGCCCGCGAAUUCCACGACGCCUGGUCCAACCUGAUGAACUGGCUCUUAGAAACCGAAAAAGGACUCGACGAAUUAGCCGUUGAAGCGACCAGCAUCGGCAACGAUCCGGAAAAAAUAAAACAACGAUUGGCCAAACAUCGCGAAUUCCAAAGAGCCCUCAGUGGUAAACAGGCGACCUACGAUUCGACAAUGCGAAUGGGCAAAGCUCUCAAAGAACGAGCACCUAAAUCGGACGAACCUCAUCUGCGUCAAAUGAUGGCUGAACUGAAAGAGAAAUGGAACUCGGUGUGUUCGAAAUCGGUCGACAGGCAGCGUAAACUGGAAGAAGCCUUGUUGUACUGCGGUCAAUUCAAGGAUGCUUUGGAAGCGUUGUUGGAUUGGUUAAAGAAAACGGAGAAACAACUUUCCGACGAAGGUCCGGUUCAUGGUGAUUUGGAUACUGUGAAUGCGCUCAUUGAUCAGCAUAAGGCUUUCGAACAAGAUUUAUCGAAUCGUGCAUCUCAACUCGAAUCUGUCAAAGAAACUGCCAAAGAACUGAUCAGAAAAGCCAGUCCGGAAGAUGCUGCCACUCUUAGAUCACAAUUGAAUGAAAUCGAUUCGUUGUGGACGAGGACGAAUAAACUCAGCGAACGUAAAAACAAAAGAUUGAUGGAAGCAUUGAGAGAUGCCGAAGAACUCCACAGAUCGGUGCACAUGUUAUUAGAAUGGCUCUCAGAUGCCGAAAUGAAACUCCGAUUCGCCGCCACCCUGCCAGAAGACGACCAAGAAACCAGAAACCAACUUUCCGAACACGAGAAAUUCAUGCGAGAAUUAGCCGACAAAGAGCACGAAAAAGACGCCACCAUCGCUCUAGCUCAACGUAUCUUGGAGAAAGCUCAUCCAGACGCUGUCUCCGUCAUUAAACACUGGAUAACGAUCAUCCAAUCCAGAUGGGACGAAGUUUCCACUUGGGCUAAACAACGAGAUCAUAAACUGAGCGAUCAUUUGAGAUCGUUGCAAGAUCUGGAUUCGCUAUUGGAAGAACUUUUAGCCUGGUUGCUAGGAUUAGAAAAUAGAUUAUUGAACUUGGAAGCCGAACCACUCCCGGAUGAUAUUCCUAUCAUCGAGAGACUGAUCGAAGAACACAAGGAAUUCAUGGAAACCACCUCUCAAAGACAGCACGAUAUCGAUACCGUAUGCAAAGCUAAACAAGUACCCUUGGUUGAACGUAAAGCUCCUGCUAAGAAAGUUACUCCGAGCUUCAAGUCGUCUCGUGAUAAUUUGUUACAAGAUAAACAAAGUAAAACUAGUGUGGGCUCGAGGGAGAAAUUGGACGUUCUACCUCAUUACGGACCAAGAUUCCCACCUAAAGGAAGCAAAGCAACCGAACCAACAUUCCGUAACCCGAGAUGUAAACAGCUGUACGAUAAAUGGCGCAAUGUCUGGAUUUUGGCGUGGGAACGUCAAAGACGCCUGCAAGAAAAACUCAACUACUUGAGAGAGCUCGAGAAAGUUCGCAACUUCUCAUGGGAUGACUGGCGCAAACGAUUCUUGAAAUUCAUGAACCACAAGAAAUCCAGAUUGACAGACUUGUUCAGAAAGAUGGAUAAAAAUAACGACGGCUUGAUCCCGAGAGACGAUUUCAUCGACGGAAUCAUGAAAACUAAAUUUGAUACGAGUAAAUUGGAAAUGAACGCUGUGGCUGACAUGUUCGAUCACGACGGAGCUGGAUUAAUCGACUGGAAAGAAUUCAUCGCUGCGUUGAGACCCGACUGGGAAGAGAAACGACCAGACACCGAGGCUGAAAAGAUCCACGAUGAAGUGAAACGUCUAGUGAUGUUGUGUACCUGUAGGCAGAAAUUCCGAGUGUUCCAAGUUGGCGAAGGCAAAUAUAGGUUCGGAGACAGUCAAAAAUUACGCCUUGUUCGUAUCCUGAGAUCAACGGUCAUGGUUCGAGUAGGCGGAGGUUGGGUAGCUCUGGACGAAUUCCUUGUCAAAAACGAUCCUUGCCGAGCUAAAGGCCGUACGAAUAUCGAAUUGCGAGAGCAGUUUAUACUGGCCGAUGGCGUUUCACAAAGCAUGUCUGCAUUCAAACCGAAACAUAGCACAGCCAGUGAAAAGCAGAAAUCCGUUUCUUUAACCUCCAACACUGGACCUAUCACCAAGAUAAGAGAACGUACCACCAGAAGCGUACCGCUGGGUAAGACGGUGAACAGAAAUAUUGGCACGCCCGAUUCCCUAAGUGAUAACGAAUCAUCACCUUAUGCCAGGACGCCGGUUAGGAAGGCAGCUACUCCUACUUUCAAAGGAGGAAGUUUACCGGGAAGUCGUGGAAAUAGUCGUCCUGCCAGUCGUCAAGGAAGUAAACCACCGAGUCGACAUGGGUCGAAUUUGUCACUCGAUAGCACUGACGAUGGCACACCGAGUAGAAUACCAAGAAGAUCGACCUCCUCCUCGAAGAGUAGCGGUUUAUCAUCGAGGAAACCAUUAAAUGGAUCACUGAGUAGUACUAGAUCUCCUUCCGGCUUAACUAGUCCGAUAUCAGCGGAUAGCAGGUCUGGUUCGAUAAUACAUAGAGCAUCGAGCAUACCAACGUUAUCUGCAGUUGGUUCUAGCGGCUCACGGAUACCCGUUUAUGUUGGGUCAUCUUCUGCGGAUACCUCACAGCAAAUAUCUGUAUCUUCUUCGUCCUCUGGUCGGACUUCGAGUCUUCCUACACCAUCUUCAAGUCAUAUACCUCACUUAAUAAGAGCCAGAACACCAUCCGGUACAUCGACGCCGGUCUCUUCGGCAUCCACCGCCGCCGCAGGUGGCACCAGAUUACAAAGAAAGUCAUCAGGAGCUUCGGAUAUAUCGCGUAGAAAUUCCAAAACUCCAACUCCGACCGAAUUACGAGCACCAUUCCGUCUGUAAUAUAAUGUCAAACAUUUAUGAGACGGAUUAUAUUUACCAAUUUCCCCCCUCCCCCCCUCUUUAUAUACUUUUUUCUCUUCGAAAAACUAACUUAAUUCUAACCUUCCUAUUUCCUUUCUCUUUUUUUUGCAAUUGUUUCUAAUUUUUAUACUUGUAAUUUUAUUUAUAUUGUUCUCUUUGAUAUUUAAUCAUGUGAUCAUUGUUGUUACUAGGAUUCUUUAUUUUUUUUGUUUAUUGAUUUUUUUUCUAUAUAAAUUUUAUGUAAUAAUAACAACUUCGCUAAUCGAAAUAAUUUUUGAUAAAGAAAAAAAAACGAAUUACGUACAAUGUCGCGUAUUUUGCUGCGGAGUUGAAACAAACAAACAACCAUCGAGCUAGAAAUGAAAAAUACGAAUAGACCGCAGCAAAGUGAUAUUAUUUAUUAAGUGAAUUUUUUUUAUUAAUUAAUUUAUUGUAGAUAAUACGUGAAAAACUAUUAGCGUUGUUUUUUUUCCUGUCUUUUAUUUUUUUUUUCAUUUGUAUUUCAGUAUUGAGUUUAUAUAUUACCUAUAUACUUUUAUUAUCACUCGUGUAAAAUAUGUGUAGUGUUUUUUUUCUAUUACGUUAGGAGUGCCAUGUUGUUGUUUUUUUCUUUUCUUUUUUUUUUUUUAAAUUGAAGAAUCAAAAUCCAAUUUUUUAAACUGUGUGUUGUACUCUCGUUACAAAAAAAAAAAAAAAAUUAACAAUUUUUUUUUUCGUUUUAAAUUGUGAAAUUUUUUAAAGACUUAUUAAUCCUUCCAUUCUAGUUACUAAUUAUAACUGUACAUUUACGUGGUAAAUAAAUUAAUAAAUGAAUGAAACGUGUUGUUGA